AUGGCUGCCUCCCCACAACUAAUCAAUGACUGUCGCGUCUCUGAUGAUUAUUUGAUAGCCAACAUUGUCCGAAUAUAUAAAAGCCUCUGCGAGCUUGAGUGCCUCAAGCCUUCCAUGCAUGUCAAUGGCCUGUUCACUCAAUUGGUGAAGUUGUGCACCCUUCCAUCUUCCAUAGACAUCAAACUCUUGUCCAUUGAGCUGCAGCAAAUCCGGCAGGAUCUGAUAGGCAUAUGUGCACGCGCAGAAGGCCUUCUCGAGCUCGAGUUCUCCACACUGCUAUCGAAGAUCCCCCGGCCGUUGAACUGUCUCCAUCUGUUCCCUUACUACUCCAACUACAUCGAACUCGCCGGCCUGGAAUACAAGCUCCUGACCGACCAUGGCCUGUUGCAGCCCAAGCGCGUCGCCUUCGUAGGCUCUGGUCCCAUGCCUCUGACAUCCAUAGUUCUGGCUACCCAACAUAUGCUGUCAACUUAUUUUGCUAACUAUGAUCUUGAUGCAUCUGCAAAUGAUAUGGCGCAGCUCCUGGUCUCGACAGACCAAGAUCUGGCAAGGAGGAUGGCAUUCAGGAGCUGUGAUAUAAGGAAUGCCAGGGAAGAGCUUGCAGAAUUCGACUGCAUAUUUUUAGCUGCAUUGGUGGGAAUGACCAAGGAUGAGAAGGUGAAGAUUCUGAGGCACAUAGGCAAGUACAUGAAGGCUGGUGGAUUCCUACUCGUGAGGAGUGCAAAUGGAGCUAGAGCCUUCCUGUAUCCGGUGGUUGAGGACGCAGACUUGUCCUCCUUUCGAAUUCUUCAGGUUUUCCAUCCUACCAAUGAUGUUAUUAAUUCAAUAAUUGUUGCCCAAAAGCCCCUUAGUUCAGAUCAAUUAUGUGAUGGCCAGUGA